GGAGACGGGGAGGAUGACCUUCAGAAUAUUUACCUUUGGUGAGUCCAAAAAGAUCCUUCCAAAAGGCCGACAGCUAAGGAAAUACUGUCUCUUCCCUGAAUACAAAAGAAAGCAAGGUCAUCAAACAUCAACAUCCCAUCAACCUAUAUGAACAAGAGCAACGCGAAGCUGCCCUUGGCCACGGCUGAUAGCUCCUUGCUUCAACGGUCAAAUACUAAACUUCAAGAAAACUGUUUGAAUAACUCGCAGACUUUGGACUCUGAUGUGAAAUUUCCACUUGACAAGACUACGUGAAAGGAUCAGAUCGAGCCCAGAAGGGCUCAAAAGUUUCUCCCCAAAAGAAAGGGUCUCGUCAGGAAUAGAUCCACGACCAAAAAUAUGGAAAUUAUGAUGCAGAACUACACUAAAGCAAGGGACAGAACUAAGCUAAGGAGGCCAAAAGAUCACUUCAACUUCAAGCCACAGACUAAUAAUCUCCGCAAAAUCAAGAAGGACCGGGACAAAAGGAAGUUUAUACGCAAAAGCUCACUCAAAGAGCACUUCUCUAUUAAGACGAUAAGGAAGCAGAAGAAGUUACCUGAUAUUGUCCCAUCGUUUUUAGACUCUGAGUUCACCAAUGAGAAAACGAGGGAUGAGCACUAUGACAACUUCAAGUAUAGCCUGAAGGAUAUGAUCGACCCUCGUUCUAAUCCUAAAGACGGAAUCCCUCUAAUUUUUAAGCCAACAAUUCGAAAAUCAAGGGAAAAUUUCUUGAACCAAAACAUAAAAUACUCGAAUUACCCAGAUGGGAGGAUUUUCAGACUAAAUGAGGAUCAAUAUGAUGCCCGAAUACCUAGUGAUUUCAGGAUAAUUAGAGGCAGCUUGCUGCCUUACAACAGUAAUACCAGAAAGAGGACUUAAAAAUUCCCAUCAUAAAUUGAAUAAGUUCUAUUAGGAGACCC